AUGUCGGGCGAACAGAAUGAUAGUGGAAGCGGGAGUGCAAGUGGGAGCGGUGGUCAAACCAGCCAGGUCCACACUCCUGCUCGCAGGGAAAAGAAGAAAGUUGGAUGGCACGCAAGUAGACAAGAAGCUGCUGGUGAAAGCAGCGGAUCUACUCGUCUACAUCCAGGUCCAGUUCAACCAGACGAAGUCAUCUUCUCACCCGCUGGAUCACCCAAGCUCGCCCCUGGAGAACUACCACCCAAUACACCAGAUGCAUACGAACUAAGUCUUGCCCUGAAAAAGAUCUUAUCGGCAGAGCAGGACAAGAAGCGCCAAGAGAAACCUCAAAUGCUGGCGCCUGAUACACCGGAGAUCAUGGGUCCCAAGCGACCCAGGCCGGCACUCCGCAGAAACACCAGUUAUGACGACCCUGGAGAGAGAGAAAAGGCGGACCAAGCCGAAUCCAGGACGACAGAGAGACAGUACCGAUCUAUGGCCGAUGCUCGACAAAGAGCAGACCAACUUGCUGUCUCUGUAGGAAGUUUCUCUGCCCCAGGAUCUCGAAGGGGCUCAAUUGAAUACGACCAAGUGCCCUCUUUCAAGCCUUUGAUCGAGGACUACGACAGCCCCAAGGUCACGCCGCCACCCAAGUCGACAACUGUUGAGGAUGCGGGCUACUUUGGCCUUCGACAGCGUGUGCCGAGGGUCGAUGAGGAUCUCUUCAUGCACCACGCCGCAGCAGAGAAUCUUGUCAGAUCGCACACUCGCAAGGGAAAGAAGGAUUUAUACACAAAACACCCGAACGGAGGGGGCCACGCUUCUGGUACUGCCACGCCAGUGCUCCAACAAGCUUAUGCCCACGACUACGUCCCCCGACCCGAACAGUACCGUGGUGGAAUCCUCGGUUCACUCUUGAAGCUAUACAAUGAUGAUAGAAACGCUCCAGGCAGUGGUCUGAACACACCAAAAGAUCCAGGAACACCUCUCAUCUCGCCUCGCAACUCGCCUCCUAUAUCACGACCGACUUCAUCCAACGGCACACCCCUCCGAACACCCCCUCGCUCUCGACCCUCCAGCGGCUUGUUCAACUACCACAAGUCGCGUCACUCUACUUCCUCUCUUGCUCUCACAGAGCUCAUGAAGUCAUCGUCCAUGUUUGCUGCGCCCGCAUCGGCAAACAUGGCUGGUAAAUGGGCCGAGAACGCCAAGCAACAACCCCCACCACCAAAGAAGCGGGACAAGACUCGCAUCACCAUCCACAUCGCCGGUAUCAUUCAACGUCACCGAUAUCUUCUCAAGUUGUGUCGGGCACUGAUGAUGUACGGCGCUCCUACACAUCGACUGGAGGAGUACAUGACCAUGUCGUCGCGCGUUCUCGAGAUCGAGGCGCAGUUCUUGUAUCUUCCUGGGUGUAUGAUUAUCAGCUUCGACGAUAGCACUACGCAUACGACUGAGGUUAAACUCGUUCGUGUUCCGCAGGGUAUUGAUCUUGGACGUCUUCGUGAUGUGCACAACAUUUACAAGGAGGUUGUCCAUGAUAAGAUUGGCGUUGAGGAGGCUACGCAGCGACUUGACGAGGUCAACGAACGGAAACCAAAGUUCAACGUCUGGUUUCGAGUAUUCUUAUACGGUGUAGCAUCAGCUUGUGUGGCACCUUUUGCUUUCCAGGGACGGCUCAUUGAUCUUCCUAUUGCAUUCUUUCUUGGUGCUAUUGUCGGCAUUCUUCAACUCGUCUUGGCUCCUAGUAACGAGCUUUACGCCCACGUAUUUGAAGUUUCCGCCGCUGUCAUCACAUCCUUUUUCGCGCGAGCAUUCGGUUCAAUUCAAGACGGCAAGCUCUUCUGUUUCAGUGCUCUGGCUCAGAGCAGUAUCGCCUUGAUUCUUCCAGGUUACAUGGUUCUCUGCAGUUCACUCGAACUUCAAAGUCACAACAUUGUGGCCGGUAGUGUUCGCAUGGUGCACGCUCUCAUCUACACACUAUUCCUCGGAUACGGCAUCACUAUCGGCGCUUCCCUCUACGGAAUGAUUGACAGCAACGCCUCUAGUCGAUCGACCUGCGACAGGCCACUGGAGAGAGGCUGGUACUUUCUUUUCGUGCCAGGGUUCACCAUGUGUCUCUGUCUUAUCAACCAGGCCAAGUGGAAGCAAUCUCCCGUCAUGGUCGGAAUGGCUGUUGCUGGCUGGUCGGUCAACAGUUACAGCGCCGAUUACUUCGGCGGAAACGGGCAGAUCUCCAACAUGCUGGGUGCCUUGGCGGUUGGUAUCCUUGCGAACCUGUACUCGCGCAUGGGACGACAUGUCGAGAAUGGUUGGCUGGACUUGGUCGACUGGUGGAAGCUCAGGAUGCGACCGCGCUACACUAAGAAGAAGUUCGAAUCCGACUCAUCAUGGUCCCUCCCUACCCUCACAGAUCCAGAGUCAAGACCUGGUACACCUGAAAAGGGCCAAGACCCGGAAAAGAAGCCUCGCAAGGUCGGAUACAGUCUUGCGGCUGCGGCUAUGCUUCCCGCUAUCUUUGUGCAAGUGCCCUCUGGUCUUGCAGCUGGUGGUUCUCUCCUGGCUGGUGUUGCCAUGGCUGAUGAGAUUACCAAGAAUGGAACAAAGGUUGCGAGCGACAUCAACACCAUGGGCAAUCUCGAAGGAACUGCCUUUAAUGUUCUGUUUAAAGUCAUUCAGGUUGCCAUUGGAAUUAGUGUCGGUCUGUUUAUGAGUGCACUGAUUGUUUACCCAUUGGGUAAGAGAAGAAGUGGACUGUUUAGUUUCUAA